GGUAUCUACUUCAGUCAUGAAGUUCUUGGUCUUAGCACUGGUGGCUGCUGCGUCUGCUGCCCCUCAGGGGUACAACCUGGGCAAGCCCUCGGGACCUUCCUUUAACUCUGGAAGUUGUGGCAGUGGACAAGUGCGGCACGUGGAUGGAAGAUGCGUUACGCCUCAGGUGAACAGCCGUGUGUUCCUGUACGAUGUACCAGCAAACGAAGGUGUUGUCAAUCGGCCAGACUACAUUCCAGAACCUAAAUUGGAACGCAAUAUUAUUUUUGUGAGACUUCCUGACGGCGCACAAGGACCAGAACCCAUCGUCGUACCACCGCCACAACAACAACACGUAGUGUAUGUUCUGAACAAGCAGUCUGAACACGACCAGCGAGUGAUCGAGGUUCCUGCACCACCACAGUCGAACCCCGAAGUGUUCUUCGUGAACUACGCAGAAGGAGAGAACCCGACUCUUCCCAGCGGAGUAGACCUCCAGACGGCGUUGAGCGCAGCUUCCCAGGGCGGCGGUCAAGUUGUUGGAGGUGGUGGAGUUGGAGGAGGAAUCGGAGGUGGUAUUGGCGGCGGAAUCGGAGGUGGUAUUGGCGGCGGUAUCGGAGGCGGAAUCGGAGGAGGAAUCGGAGGUGGCAUUGGUGGUGGCAUCGGAGGCGGAAUUGAGAGGAAUGGAGGUGCAUCGGCGGUGGUAUCGGCGGCGGAAUUGGAGGUGGCAUCGGCGGAGGAAGCUAUUCACCUCCGUCCAACCUCUACAGCACACCUUAAAGAAUUCACUCUAGAUACGAUACUGUAAUCGUGGAUGAAUGUGAAAUAUAAAUGUAUUUAUUUGUUAAAACGAAAUAAAAUUUGUAACAGCA